AUGAAGUCUUCCUCAGUCCUGCUCGUGGGCGUCCUGACCCAGUAUGCCUCUGCAUUCCCCGGAAUGGGCAAUGUUCGUAGAGACCCCGGUCUGCUUCCUCUCAAGCCCCUAGCCAAAGCUGUCAGCACCUCGAGCAGCGCUUCCAGCACCUACCCAGCUUGGCACCCACAACAGAGUGGAGAAGUCCGCUCUCCGUGUCCUGGCCUGAACACAUUGGCAAACCACGACAUCUGCCCAAGAAGUGGCAAAGGAUACACCAUUCCCAUCUUGACCGACUGUCUGAAGAGAGGACUAAAUGUUGGUGCCGACUUUACCCUUGCCAUAGGCACGGCAGGAAUCGGAUCCAACCCCGACNCCUUGACAUCAGGCCUAUACUUCGACCUGGACAUGCUGGACCGACAUGACUUUUUGAUCGAGCAUGACGCUUCGUUGUCCCGUGCCGAUGCCUCCACUGGCAACAACUACAGCUUCAACCAAACCAUCUGGGACACAGUACUCGCAUACUACAGUGGCAUGGACAAUGCCACCAUUCCGGUCGCUUCUAAAGCCAGAUUCAACCGCGUCAGUACGGAAGCCGCCAGAGAUCCCGACUUCAGCUACAGUCCUGUUCAAUUCAUUCUCAGCUACGGUGAAACAGCCCUGUACCUGUCGACUAUGGGUGACCCAAUCACUGGAGUCGCACCACUAGAGUAUGUACGCAGCUUGUUCGAACAGGAGAAACUUCCUUAUGAACUCGGCUGGCAGCCACCGAAGACAGAAACAACUUUGGCUAGUCUGGGUGCCAUGGCUCUUGAGCUGAAUGCUGCAAGCGGAGAACAGGUUCCAGAGGGAAUAAUUCUGGGAGAGAACAGUUUGAAGGCAGUACUGAUCGGUCUCAACGCCGCCACAGGAGAGAUCGAGAAUGACGCACUCCACAACCUGGCAAAUCUCACAGGAGCCCUCAGCGGCGUCACCUCGACACUGACUUCAACCCUGAAAGGCUUGACCGGUUUGUAG